AUGGCUCCAAAAAAAUCCACAACAACUGCUACAACUGCAAACAAAAAGAAGGAAUCUUCCUCUUCUCCCUCAGGUUCCAAAUCGUACAAAGAAAUCAUCAUUGAAGGUCUAAAUGCCUUAAAAUCACGUAAGGGAGUUAGUCGUCCAUCAUUAAAGAAAUAUGUUAAAGAAAAUUAUCCAAAUAUGGCUAGUUCAACUGCUUUUGAUCAUCAUUUCAAUUCUGCCAUUAAGAGAGGUGUAGAAAGUGGUGUUUUUGCCCAGCCAAAGGGACCAUCUGGUACUUUGAAGUUGGUUGCUCCAACACCAACUUCUUCUUCUACUGCCAAAAAAUCUACUACUCCAUCUGCUACAUCUUCAUCUGCUGAAGAAAGUGAUAAGGAAAAGAAGCCAGUUAAGAAAGCCAAGAAAACUACAACUACAACUACAACUACAACGACUGGUGCCACUACCAAGACGACCACCGCUACCAAGAAUACAAAGGGUGCUGCUACCACUACUAAGAAAGUCAGCAAACCAUCCACUGCCAAGAAAGGUAAAUCAUCAUUAAGUUCGUCUGGUAGCCCAUCAUACAGAGAAAUGAUCAUCAAGAGUAUUCUUGCGUUAAACGAGGGGAAAGGUUCCAGUCGUCCAGCUUUGAAAAAUUACAUUAAAGAUGAAUAUUCCAAUACCAAGGAUAAAAGUAAUUUUGAUAAUUUAUUCAAUGCUGCUAUUAGGAAAGGUGUUGAAAACGGUGAAUUAUCUCAACCAAAGGGACCAUCUGGUGUCAUUAAAGUUUCCAAGAAGGGUAAGUCUCUAAUUUCUGACCUAAAAAAAAAAAAAAAUAAAAAGGUGAUUUUAAUUAUCUUCUUAUUUCUUAUUCUCUCUCUUUUCUUCCGUCAAGCUAUUCUUAUGUUUUAUUACCUCUUUUUAUUUUUUUCCCUGACUUUACUGUGGCCCCUGAUUGUAUUAUGUAUUAUAUAUUAUUGUAGUCUGAAUCCCCAAAUGGAUAUGCUCGUGUUUAUUCAUAUCUGUAUAUUUUGUUAUUUAACAUUCUAA